AAUGGACUCUACUUUUGGGCUAAAGUCAACCUUAAAUUAUUUCUAGUGUUACUAUGCCCUAGAAAGAAGCAGAUUUUCACAAUUACCUUGGUUUGGCCUUCCUAUCCAGCAGCUUAUUUCAUUUUCUGCGCUCCGUCCUCAACUGUGAGGUGACUGCACUGCAACUAUGGCUUGGCGUGGUUCGCUUUCCAGAUCAUUCAUCUCCACCGUCAGGGCCUCCACUGCUCGCUCUUCUCCACCUCUUUCACGCAUCCGUCCGCCACCCAUCGCCGGUUCUCGGGCCCAUUCCCACAGCUCUUCCUUCACUGAUCCUAGGUCCUUCUACUACACUGGAUUUUUGAAUGUGUUUCUAUUGUGGAUGUUUUUUAGGACAUUAGGAAGACUAGCUGCAGCACAAUUGCUGAUACCUCUGCUUAGCAAGACGGCUGGACCUCAAUUGAAGGUUGAUGUGCGGGCUUUUUGCGAGCUGUCUCAUGGUACUUGAGCAACUUUUCUUUUCUACGUGACGAACUAAAGCUCAAAGGUUGUCUUGGGCCUCUUGGCAGUUGGUCAAUGCAUCUUAUUGUACUAUGCGUUUAGAUACACAAAAUAACAGUGCUUCUCAUUAGCGUACUGUGAUCAUAUCUUAUGUUUCAAAGUAGACACUGGCAAUUCCUCUUUUGACCAACAAAGUUUGAGCUAUCAAUGUGGAAUUGUUUUUCUUCCUGACAAUCCUUCUCAUCAGGGUCAAUUCGUUAACUCAGGCCAAUCUUUUACCAAUACAAUUUUG